UCUACUGCCUAUACUUUCCCAACAUUUUUAUAUAACUUUCGGAGUGUCAGCGACACAUAAACAAAAUACAAAAUCAUAGCUUGUGCAAAAUUAGAUAUUCCCUUCCCACGCCUGCAACCUGUGCUGCAACUUUAAAUUUUCUGUAUUUUGGAUCAAGGUGAUCCAGACAUAGUAAACAAACAACAACAGCUGACACAGGGACAACAACAACAAUAACAGCGAACAACCUGUGCGCGUCUGAUUAAUAUUCCCGCUUAGAUAAAUUCAAUUGGCAGACAAGUAGCAUCAUGUCGAUCAGGAGAACCAUGUCCACAACGGCCUCGAAAGAGUGGCGGGAUUACUUUAUGAGCACCCACUUCUGGGGACCGGUCGCUAACUGGGGUAUUCCGGUCGCUGCUCUGGCCGACACACAGAAGAGUCCCAAGUUCAUCUCCGGAAAAAUGACUUUUGCUCUCACGCUCUAUUCGUGCAUCUUCAUGCGAUUUGCCUACAAGGUUCAACCCCGCAACUGGCUGCUCUUCGCCUGCCACGCCACCAACGCCACCGCCCAAUCGAUCCAGGGACUGCGCUUCCUCCACUACAAUUACGGCGCCAAGGAGCAGCAGGCGUAAAUAAUGCAGCCUUGCCUUGAGACACACUUCCCCCGAGAAUGACGCGCGAUGCCACAUCAAAUGUUUACCCAACAGCAGCAGCUAGCGUAAUUUACUGCCACCACACGCAACAAACAUCUAGCAAAUUGCACUGCCCCCGAUUGUAACCCAAGUGGUGGAGUAAUUGCCGUGAAGCACACCCGCACAAAUGGCUGAAUCUCGAAUCGCGAAUGUGUCGUGCCGCUGUCGUCGUUUUUCUGGGGCCAAAUCCCAAUUCCAAUUGAGUCUAUCCCAAACCUGUUGCGUUGCUACUUAGUUAAUUCCGUUUUGGCAGUCGCUCAAAAUUUGAAGUCGGUGCAAUUUUUAGUUUACGAAAAAAAUAAGUGUACAGAAUAUGGUUUAAUAAAAAAUGACAAAAUGUAA